GCGUGCCAUGCGUGCCCCAUGCCACAGUUUCAGGCAAAAACAAAAGGCAGACAGCCAGAGCGCAGUUAGCAAUCGACAGCUCAGAGACCAGACUUUAGUCGACUUCUGACUGUCGUCUACGAUGCGUGCACGUCAGCCAAACGCCCAGGAACGAGAGCAACUGCGUCGCCAGCGCUCUGAAUCGCGCAUGAUCUUGGCGAGGGUCAGAGCUCUAGGCUUUGAGUAUGUGGUCAACCCGCCGGUGCUGCCAAAAGUCGCCUUUGGCACAACUAUGGAUCGUGAGGUAAUGCCCACGAGCGGACCCUUUAUGAAUAGCUUCAUGAGGUCACAAUUGCCGGAGGGACGUCCACAUCCCAGUCCACUUGAUUAUGAUUGUGCGAAGCCCAUUGGAUUUAAGUACCCUUCCAAUGCAGGUUUCUCAGCUUUGGCUAAUAAAAUGCCUCGUCUGCCCGUUGUCCGUGAACAAAUAAUUCCACCCAUGGGCACCUAUGAAGCCACACCAUGGAUCCUUCGAGCGGGCUACACCUUUGAUAGGCAAGUGGUGCCAAAGCCAAAGUGGGUUACUCCAGGACCUUCAACGUAUUCGAUUCAUAAGAAAUAUCCGAAUUGGAAAAUGGAAACUGCUUUUGGGACAUGUCGCAUCAUCUGGCCAGCGGUUGCCAUCUUCUGUGGCCCUACAAAUGCAGCUCAAUGCAUAAUUUGUCACCAACGCCCUGUCGGUGAUUAUUUCCAUAGUUUUGCCAGCGAUAAGGAUAUGUGUCGGAAAUGUAUGCAUGCCGAGGUGUCGGCCAUCAAACAAUGUAGCCUCAGUGUCACGGAACGCUUUAGGAAACGACGCGAGAUCAAAUUGUUUGUUCCUGCUCGAUAUUGUGGAUUCUUCCAUGAUCACAACGGCACAAACGCCGCCGUCGAAUUGACUUCUCGUAAACAACUGCGAGACAAGAUCAAGACCGAAAAUUAUUUGUACCGCUUUGACAGCAAAGUAGAGUAACAGCUCAAGUUGUCUGUUCCAUAAUAUGCAUUGAAGUCUCAAAAGCAAGAUGGCAGCUAGAUAUUAUAAAUAUUCUAUAUAUUGAAAAAUUAAUGUUUUUGCUAAAUAAAUUAAAUAAGUGUAAUUUUAACGCGA